AUUUUGUGUAGUGUAUUUGUUUUGUUCCUAAUCCCAACUUUUAAUACAAAUCAAAUACAUACAAGAGCUUGUAUAAAAGCUCAUGUCAUCUACCUCUCUUGCAUUUCUCAACUUGAACUAGGUGCCUUGCGUUUUUUCCCCAGCUACGUAGUUUCGACACGGUCCCUAACUCACUGUAGCAGUCAGUGUCCAGAUGGAGCUAAUGUCUGAAGUCCCGGCGAUGAUUCAGCUGAAAAUGACCUCGUAGAUCAUCUUUCUACUAUUCUAGAAUUGUGGACUUCUUCGUGUUCAAACACAGUCGGGUUUAGUUUGAGAUAAAAAUCAGUUUUAAACUGAGACGGCUGUAACAAAGUACACGUUCGGUGGCUUGCAACCCUUAACGUCCGCACACAUCUGUUCACUCCGACAUGAAAAGAAACGGCACGUACAAGUUUCUGUCUGUCUUCUCCUGCUUUAUCGUUUGCGCCUUCUUGUUUAUAUUCUGGUUCUUUAUAUUUUACUCAAUGAUGCACGCUCCAUAGAAAGCACACAGCUAGACUUGUGUAGCAGCUAAGCUAACGAUAGCUGUCCGGCUUCUUACCCAGAGUGCAUUGCUUUAUUGACAAGUCUCGCGAUCACAUGACCCACCUGACCAGGAAGUGAGGAUCUCUGCUUAUAGUAAUUGGUUAGCGAAGUUGCGAUGGCGUCCGACACCAGUGAAGCAGCGUCCUCUGCUGCAGACCUCAAGCUGCAGUUCGCUCCCUUCAGCAGUGCUCUGGAGGCCGGCUUCUGGCACCAGCUCACUCAGAAGAAACUCAACGACUACAGACUGGAUGAGAGCCCCAAAUCAAUCAAAGGCUAUUAUUACAAUGGUGACCCACUUGGUUUGCCCACUCGUCUGACACUGGAGUUCAGUGCUUUUGAAGCGGAUGGUCCGACACCAGCCCGCUGCUGUCCGGCCAUUGGAACUCUGUAUAACACCAACACACUCGAUGCCUUCAAGACCACCGAUAAGAAGGCUCUACUGGAGAAAGAGGCCAAGGAGAUAUGGGAUGCUAUACAGUCUGGGGCUGCUUUGAAGGACCCGUCCAUCCUCUGCAAAUCUAUUUUGCUGACCUUUGCAGAUUUGAAGAAGUACCAUUUCUACUACUGGUUCUGCUUCCCUGCACUGUGUUUCCCAGAGGGAAUAAAGAUUGUCCAACAGCCUUCCGUCCUCGAGCAAGUUUUUUCAGCAAAACAGAUCGCAGCCUUGCAGGAAGCCUACGAUGACCUAUGUAUCAAAAGAGAGACCACUGCGGUUCCCUACUUCCUUGUGAAGUACACAGAUGAAACUGUUCAGAUGGCCCCACUUUCAGACUGGGAUGCAUUCUUCACUGGUGCUAAGAAGGUUACUGUGGGCGUCUAUGAUCCGUGUACUCUGUCUCAACAUCCGGGCUGGCCUUUGAGAAAUCUGCUGGUCCUCUUAGCUUACCGAUGGGGCUCUAUGCUGGACACGGUCGAGGUACUUUGUUUCAGGGACAGAACUCUGCAGGGAAGCCGCUCCAUCCAGCACAGUCUCAUCUUCCAGAUCAAACUGCCUGAGCUUCCCCUCAACUCAGCAUGUCCUAAAAGUGUAGGCUGGGAGAAGAAUCCUAAGGGGGCGAUGGGACCCAGGAUGGUCAACCUCAGUGAAUGCAUGGACCCCAAAAGGCUGGCAGAGUCCUCGGUGGACCUGAACCUGAAGCUCAUGAGAUGGCGGCUGGUUCCUUCCCUGGACCUGGACAAGGUGGUCAGCACAAAGUGUCUUCUGCUGGGAGCCGGGACUCUGGGCUGCAAUGUAGCCAGGACUCUGAUGGGAUGGGGAGUGAGACACAUCACAUUUGUGGACAAUGCAAAGAUAUCCUACUCCAACCCAGUCCGGCAGCCCCUCUAUGAGUUUGAGGACUGUCUCGGAGGAGGGAAGUCCAAAGCGAUGGCGGCUGUCGACCGACUCACCAAAAUCUUCCCUGGUGUGAAUGCGGAGGGUUACAACAUGAGCAUCCCCAUGCCCGGCCACCCAGUGAAUUUCUCUCAGGCCACUCUCUCCCAGGCUCAGAGGGAUGUCGAGCAGCUGGAGAAGCUCAUUUCAGAACAUGAUGUUGUCUUCUUACUAAUGGAUACGCGGGAGAGCCGCUGGCUGCCCACAGUGAUAGCUGCCAGCAAGAGGAAGCUUGUGGUGAAUGCCGCUCUCGGCUUCGACACAUUUGUGGUGAUGCGGCAUGGCCUGAAGAAACCCCCCGUCAGUCAGAGUGUUUGUGCGGGACCAGACUCCUCUCCUUCCUGUUCUUCUGCCUCCUCUUCGUCUUCCACACCAGCUGGCUCUGCGCCCUCUGUCCCAGGAUCCUCUCUGUUCUCCAACAUCCCUGGGCACAAGCUGGGCUGCUACUUCUGCAAUGAUGUUGUUGCACCAGGAGAUUCAACCAGAGAUCGGACUCUGGAUCAGCAGUGCACAGUCAGCAGACCCGGCCUGGCCAUGAUCGCAGGAGCCCUGGCUGUUGAGAUGAUGGUUUCCAUUCUGCAGCACAGUGAAGGAGGCUAUGCAGUGGCCAGCAGCAGUGAUGACCGAAUGAAUGAACCUCCCACCUCUCUGGGUCUCGUACCACAUCAGAUCCGAGGCUUUCUUUCGAGGUUCGACAACGUCCUGCCUGCCAGCCUGGCCUUUGACAAAUGCACAGCCUGCUCACCCAUCGUCCUGGACCACUAUGAGAGGGAGGGUUUCAACUUCCUGUCUAAAGUUUUCAAUUCUUCCCACUCCUUCCUGGAGGACCUGACGGGACUGACGCUGUUGCACCAGGAGACACAGGCCGCAGAGAUUUGGGACAUGAGCGACGACGAGAGCAUCUGAGUAAACUGGAGGAACCGAACACCCACGGAGCCUCCCAAAGAACUGGACACUCCAUUCACAUGUUUCUGUCUUGCUUCUUUUUAAAGGAAUUUUUUUCAUAUUUACGUUAGACCAAAAGGGGGGAACAAGGGCAGUUAUCAGCAAAAGCGGGGCGGUGAAAUUUAUAACGAUUAAAAACAAAAAACAAGCACAUUACAAAAACUUGUUCUGGAAAAAAAUAGCCAAAAAAGCUUUAAAAUUCUUAAUGUUCUCGAUUCAGAUUCAAGAUCAACCAAAAAUGUUGCUGUGAAAACAGAAACAGUGGAAAAAUCAUGCUGUUUUUCUCACGUUAGAAACGGGUUCAGAGCCAGAACAAGUUAGUUUACCACAUUGUUAGUGUGUAUGAAGCUGUUGCACUUAUAGCUGAAUGUACUUGUUCCUGUCACUUGAUGAUGUUUUUAUUGGUCACGUGUGGUCAGUAUUAUGAGUCACUUCAUCUCCUGAACAAAAACACAACAAAACAGUUGUUUUUUUUAUUACGGGACUUUAUCAUUUUCGUCCAACACUUUUGAAAGCUUCACUGAAUACUCACGGGUUCAAUCCCCUCCCACAGUCUCUCCAUCGACGCGUUUAAUGGGUCUGCUGAAGAGUCUUUUGGCAAGACGCUGACAGACUGCUGACAUCUGCUCACUCACUCAGUUUGGAAAAGAGCUUCAGGUGAAAUUCUGAAAAUACAAAAACAAAGGCCGACGACUCAGCAACUCCAUCCGUCUCUCUGUCCGUUUACUGGACACUGCGAUUGAUGCAGUAGAGUUAAUACUUAAGCAGCUUUGUUGCUUUUUGAAAACAGGAAGCCUAGACAGAGACGUUACCGUACAGCAACUGAACUGUAUAAAGACAUACUGGAAACCUGCAACUGCAGUUUGAUCCACGAGAGACUGAAGGUCUUCAUGGUUUUGUUUGUGUUGAUGCAUGCUCGUUCGUCUGCGCAGUUUACAUUGCUUUUCUUACUCUGACGCAGCCUAUUUGUCUGAACCGCUAACGUUUACGAAACUCUCGGUGUAAUAAAAAUGUAAACUUCAACUGCCACUUGGAAAUUUAUGGAAGACAAAUUAGUACAAUGUGGAAAAAGAGAUUUCAGAAUUAGAAGAUUGAAGUUGCUUCUUUAAAAAGGUGCGAUAUGUAAGAAGCGGCCACCUGUUAAAGGUAAUGUUGGCUUCAAGAAAUGGAGGGGAGCAGCACAACACUGUCGCUGCUGCUAACUGAUGCUAACCAAUCUGGGAGCUCAGAGUGGUAUUACGUGACAGAACAAGCAGGGGCUAGCUGCUGACAGCAUGCUGACUUCAGACAUUUAGUCAAAACUGUUGCUUCUUCACAUUCUGUCGAUGUUAAUUUUUGAAUGUUUUAAAAGAAAACUGUCACAUACUGUACCUUUUAAACCAUUUCACAAAAAACUGGAAUAAAAUGUCUCUUUAUUAUUAA